CAAUUGAAUAGAAGGAAGCGCUGCUCGCUGACUCUUUCCUCCCCACAAACACUCACUUCCCUUCAGCUCUUCUGUUCUGCUCAUCUGAAGCUGGAGGACGCACAGAAACAUGGACGCCUCGAUUCUGCUCCUUUUUACACUUGUGAGAUUCAGUUGUGUGUCCGGUUUCCUCAUCAUGUUGACUCCGCAGAGGUUGUGUCUGUCAACCCAAAGUCCACGCGUCAUCCUGGGACGCUGUGAUGUCAGUAACCCCGCUCAGCAGUGGGCAUGGUUGGGCGGAGCCAGGCUGAUCCACAAUCAGUCCUCCAGGUGUCUGUGGGCCGACCCCAGCCCCCACCUGCCACUCCACACCCGCCUUGCCAAUCUCAGCAACUGCAGCAGAGCGCCGGCGUGGAGCUGCUACAACAAGCAGGGAGCGCUUGGAUUGGCUGACACGCAGCUAUACCUGAAGAAACUGGGAGCGCGGGUGGUGAUUGGAGGAAACCUGCAGACCUCAGAGUGGAGGAAGUAUGACGUCGACUCAGGAGGGAACCAGCUGAUGACAUCAUUAUGCCCACGAUCAGACACAACCACCAUCUUUUAUUCAUCCACUCAUAAACCACUGGGAGUCUCCAGCACCGUCUACACCCCCAGAAGUCCUGCUAUGACUGUCACCAAUGAACAAUUAUCAAAUACAGUAAAAACCCACCGGACCACCAGACAAGUCACCACCUCAGAGAUCCACCACUCAAUAACUAAUGGAGCCUCAACAUAUGUGAACGACAUCACCAAACCUCAAACCAGGAGGUCAGAGACAAUAGACUUCAGUCCUGAUGUUUCAGUCACAGAGCUGUCAGCUUUAAACGGCAGCCAUAUUACCUCCUCGAGUCCGGCUGUGUCCACAACUGAGAGAUUCACUGACAUUUCAAAGAUUUCGUCAGUUAAAAAUAUCCCUCAGCUCAGGACUGAAGCUGAGACGACAACAGCAGACCAAGAAAUUUCCACCGCAUCCCCCUUCUCGAUUGGAAAUGACCCUGAAUCCACAGCCGUGUCUCUGGUUUCCUACACAGCUUCCUUAGAACCAAAGAUGAGUGACACGACUGAUCCCCUGGUCCUGUCUGAAGUCCAAUCUGAGGUUAAGUCUGAGGUAACGUCUGAGGUAAUGUCCACUGAUACAGUUGGUUUAUCUGCUGUUUUUUACACAGAGUUAAACCAACAUACAAUCUAUACAACACAUUCAACUACGGAUGAGCAGAUACUACACAAUCAGACCUACCUUCCACCUGCAUCCACUACAACUACACCUCCUCCUACAACUUCUCAUGGGACUUCAACAGCAGAUAUGACUGUUCAAUCCAUCAUGGAGACAGAUCCACCAUCGACCCCUCAUGUCCUGCCUACGAUUUCCAAAAUUUCAACCACAGUUGCCUCGACAAUGCCGGUGUCUACAGUUCAUCCAGAAACCUCAGCCAGUGGCACGACUAAAGGUUCUCCACCAACAUCUCCAACAGCUGGGGUGAUGUCUACAGGAAGGAUCACCAACUCAACUUCAACGGUCCCACCUACAAGUCCAACAAUAACUCAUGUAACCACAACCAAACCCACAACCACCCCUGUAACCACGACCGCAUCCAUUACAACCACAGCAACCACUGCAGUCAUCUUAACCAUCCCCCCUUCAACCACGACCAUGACAUCAACCAUCAGAACCACUCCAACCACCACCACAACCAGUACAUCACCACCUGCAACUACAACAACAACCAGAGCAACCACAGCUCCUCCACCGACUACGACUACACCUCAAACCACUACUUCAGGAUUAACCACCACAAUACCUGUCCAGUCUACCGAGGCUUCCAGCUGCUCUGCAAACUUCACAGAAAUCAGCUCCAGCUCAGAUUCUGUUGUAGUGAAGUUGACCAGUGCUGGUCUGUCCUGUAACUUCACCCUGGUUACUGAAGAGAAAUACAGGGCUGACUGUGACCCAUAUGGAGAGUCCAGAAACACCUUCGUCUGCCAGAUCCUGGGUCUGGAACCUGGGACUUUGUACCAUUUAACAGUGAUUUCCAAGAAGGAUGGAGAGAGGAGCAAAGCGUCAGUGCGCACAGACCCGGUGGGUCCGGCUCUUCUGGAUGUUGAGCUGGAUCAAGUUCAGACUCAGUAUAAGAGCCAGUCUGUGGUCCACAGCGGGUCUUCAGGUCUGCGGGUGUCCUGGUCUCGUUCUGCCGGUCACGUGGACUGGUACGAUGUGACUCUGGAGGAUGGCAGCUCCGGGUCCACCCGCAGAACGAGAAUCAUGGGCUCUGCAGCCCCCCAGUCUGGCUUCAGCUCCCUGGUCCCAGGAACCCAGUACAACGUCAGCGUGGUGGCUACAGCUGGGAACCAGACCGCUCCACCUGUCUACACCUCAGCUGCUACAGCUCCAUCGUCUGUCCGGGGCCUCCAAGUGGCACCCUCAGCCUCGCGUAGCCUUACCGUUUCCUGGCAGGUUGGUCCGGGCAGGAUGGAAGGCUUCAGGGUUCUGCUGGUGGACCAGGAUGGGGUUCUGCUGAAGAACGUCACUCUACAAAACACUGUGACCUCCGUUCAGCUGGACAGCCUGCGUCCCGGGACCCCAUACACCGUCACCGUGGUAACAGAGGCUGUCGGCCUGCAGAGCUCCACCUCCAAACAAGCGGUCACAGUCCCAGCAGUCGUAUCAGAUCUGAGGCUGGACCACAACGGCAGCUCAGACUGCCUGCAGGCCUCCUGGGUGUCCCCUGAAGGGGGUGUGGACUUUUACUCUGUCACCCUGACGGCUCUGGGGUCGACCCCCAGGAGCGCCGCCUUGCCCCCCAACAUGACCCAAGUGGUCUUCGAGGGUCUGACCCCCGGUCGCAGCUACCAGCUGAGUGUCAGGACCACAUCUGGAGGGCAGAGCUCAGAGACCAGGACCAGCGGACAGACAGUCCCUGAGCGGGUUUCGGAUCUUGUCAUGUUGCCUCUCAGCAAUGGCAGGACACUGAGGGUGAGCUGGUCGCCCCCCAGAGGCCAGUGGGAGAACUACAGCAUCCUGCUGAGGAACAGUUCUUCGGUUCUGGUGAACCAGACCAUCAGUAAAGUGAGCAGACAGCACACGUUCUCUGUCCAAAGCCUCGGGCUUGUGCCGGGGCGACUCUAUGGGGCGGAGGUCACUGUUCACAGCAGCAUUCUGGGUAACACGGCGCACUGCCACGGACGACUGGCACCUCGUCCCGUGCAGCGGAUGGUCGUCCGUCACACUGAUGAAACCACUCUGAGCAUUGUGUGGAAUCGACCUGUCGGCGAAUGGGACGGCUUCACUGUGGUCCUCGGACAGGCGGACCCUGCCACCAUCGUGGCUCAGAGGACCCUCUCCUGGGAAGCCACAGAGUGCACCUUCAACAUCCUCACCCCAGGACGCCUGUACACCGUCAUGGUGAUGACCAACAGUGGCAACCUGUCCAGCUCUGCCUCUGUGACUGCACAGACCGCUCCGGCUCCAGUCACCAGGCUGCAGGUCUCUAAUGGGGGCAGCACCGACAGCCUGCAGGCACGAUGGGAACGAGCCUCCGGAGAUCUGGACUCUUACCGAGUCCUGCUGGUCCAUGAUAGCAGCAUCAUUAAGAACCAGAGCGUGGAGGCUGACACCACCAGCAUCAGCUUCUUCGCCCUGAGACCCGGAGCUCUGUAUCGGGUGGUGGUGACCACUGUCAGAGCUGGACAGAUCUCCAGACAGACUGUCGCAGAGGGACGCACUGUCCCAGCUGCAGUGGGGGAGGUGACGGUCAGUAACAACGGUCGGAUGGACUUCCUCAGUGUGUCAUGGCGUCCGGCUCCAGGUGAGGUGGACAGCUACUUGGUGACCCUGAGUGACCGCGACAAGACGCUCCACACAGUCUCUGUUUCUAAAUCCAGCCCAGAGUGUGUCUUUAACUCUCUGGUGUCUGGACGUCUCUACAACAUCUCCAUCACAUCCCGCAGCGGCCUCCACCAAAACCACACCUUUGUCCAGGAGAGAACACAGCCGUCAAAAGUUCAGAACCCGACAGCAACUCACGCUGCCCGGGACGACUACCUGAAGGUUUACUGGCGUCACGCCGCCGGAGACUUCGACUUCUACCAGGUGUUCAUCAAACACAACAACGUAUUCCUGCAGAACAAGACAGUUCUGAAGACACAGAACGAGUGCGUGUUCAACGGCCUGGUGCCUGGCAGACUCUACACGGUGCUGGUCAGCACCUGGAGCGGGAAAUACGAAACCAGCUCAUCCACCCAUGGCAGGACCUUGCCGGCGGCGGUCCGGUCCCUGGUUCUGGCUGGUCGGGAUACCGAGGAUCUGCGGGUGACGUGGUCAGCGGCUCCUGGUGACGUGGAUCACUAUGAGGUGCAGCUGCUCUUCAACGACAUGAAGGUGUUUCCUCCCGUCACUCUGGGCAGUGGUGUUGGAGAGUGCGUGCUGACAUCGCUCACACCUGGACGGCUCUAUAAGAUCCUGGUGUCCACCUUCAGUGGGCCCAACCAGAAGGCCCAGUUCAUAGAGGGCCGAACAGUUCCCAGUAAAGUGAAGAACAUCCACGUCAGUAACAGCGGAGACAGCAGCAGUCUGAAGGUGAGCUGGACUCCCAGUCAGGGCGAUGUGGACGGAUACUCUGUGUUCCUGUACAGAGAGAGUAGACAGCUGGACGUCCGGCCUGUCCUCAAACACCACAACGAGGUGACGUUCGGCUCCCUGCAGCCCGGACAGACGUACAGCGUGACGGUUCAGUCUGUCAGCGGAGAGUUGCUGAACAACAACACGGCCACCGGACGCACAGUGCCCUCUGCAGUGACGAGUCUCCAGGUGAAAGACCUCCACUCCACCUGCAGCUUGCAGGUGAGCUGGCAGGGCGCUCUGGGUGUGUCUGAUGGAUACAUUCUGCAGCUUCUGGAUGACAGAGGCAGCCUGGUGACAAACUCCUCUCAGCCCUCCGGACGCACCAGGUACCAGUUCGACGACCUCACCCCGGGAAAGAAGUACAGGGUCCUGGUCCAGACUACCAGUGGGGGGGUCCACAGCCUGGCCAUCAGCACUGAGGCUUGGACAAGUCCCGCCGCAGUCACCAAUCUGUCAGUCAAAGCCAACACCACCACCAGUCUGUCUUUCCACUGGUCUCCACCGGACGGAGACUUUGAGCUUUAUGAGAUUUUCUUAUAUAAAAGUGACGACUCACUGCAGGAGAGACGGCGAGGCCAAUCCAGCAGUCAGCAGUGCUCCUUCCAGGGUCUCAGACCUGGAGCUCCGUACAGGAUGGUGGUGGUGACCCACAGCGGGGAGCAGAGCAACCAGUCCUCCAUCUGGGCCCGGACAGUCCCAGCAGCUGUGGUGGGUCUGAGGGCUCACAGUGCGAACAGGUCUGACACCCUGAGGUUGACCUGGAGUCGGGGCGGCAGUGAUCUGAGUGGGUACCUGCUGACUCUCUACAAACCUGACGGUGCCCUGUGGGCCGAGCAGCAGCUGGGGUCGGAUGUCACCGAGUUUGUGUUCUCGGGCCUGGUGCCGGGUCGACUGUACCGAGCCGAGGUUCUGAGUCUGAGCGGAGAUCUGAGCAACAGAGCCGGAACACUUGGUCGGACUGCUCCCAGACCUGCAACCUCCUUCCUGUUCGGUGGGGUCACCAACACCUCAGUGGAGAUCACCUGGAGCGGCCCUGUGGGUUCCGACUACGACGACUUCGACCUGCAGUGGACUCCCGGAGACCGGCUGUCCGUCAUCAACCCGUACCACAGUCGCUCCGCUUGCAGCCGCAUCCUGAGGGGGCUAUUCCCCGGACGACUCUACACCUUCAGCCUCCGCACUGUCAGUGGGGCCACUGGGCCCGGGGCCACAUCCACCUACAGCACACCCAUCCACAACAGCAUCCGAACCAAACCGGAGCGAGUCCACAGCCUCCACUGUCGUCCUCAGAGCUCCACCUCCAUCUCCUGCUCCUGGGUUCCCCCGGAGGCCGACUACGAUUCCUACACCAUCGAGUGUCUCCACCAGGACUCCAGGGUCCUGGUUUACUCCAGACGUACCGGCAGGGACUCUACCGCCUACCUCAUCACCCAGCUGGAGCCCCACAAACGCUACACAGUCUCUGUGAAGGUCAUCUCGGACCGGACCACCAGUGAGGAGGCCCAGGACAGUGUGGUCACCAUGAUCGACCGUCCGCCAGUGCCGCCCCUCAGUACCCGUGUCAGUGACAGAUCCACUGUGGUCACCAAGUCCUCCAUCUCGUUCAGGUUCAACUGUAGCUGGUUCAGUGACAUCAACGGAGCCAUCAGGUUCUUCACUGUGGUAGUGACCGAGUCCGAAGGUUCUGACGACGCUCAGCCGGAGCAGCAGGACCCUCUGCCCUCCUACGUGGACUACAAGUCCAACAGCUCCAUUAACUCCUAUCAGACCAGUUACUUCCCCAGUCUCUGCACCGAGGGCCCCGACAGUGCCCAUAGCUAUGAGCUGAGUGUGGGGACGGGGAUGGACUCACUGGGAGGCCCCUGUGACCGCAGAGUUCUGGAUCCAGACACCGACAGCAGAAACCUGAGCCGGUUCUGUGACGGACCACUGAAACCCAAAACUGCCUAUAGGCUCAGUGUGCGAGCGUUCACUCAGCUGUUUGACGAAGACAAUAACGACUUCACCGUCAGCUCUCCUCUGUUCACUGACACCUUCAUGUCGCUGCCUGUGGUCACCGAGGCCGAGCCUCUGAGCGGUGUGAUCGAAGGAAUCAGUGCCGGGAUGUUCCUCAUUGUGAUGAUGGUGGCAGUCACCACUCUGCUCGUGUGCAGACAGAAGGCUCGUAAAGUUGUGGAGGAGAGAGCUACAGUCAGAAUGAGUGUGAGGGGAGAGAGACCCACAUCAGGAAUUCACCUGGGGGUCAGAGGUAACCGUCGGAUCUCAAGUCCCAUCAAGAUCCAGAACUUUGAGAGCCACUACAGCAAACUGCAGGCCGACUCCAACUACCUGCUGUCAGCAGAGUACGAGGACCUAAAGGACGUGGGUCGGAAUCAGCCUUUGGACUCGGCUCUGCUGCCGGAGAACCGCGGCAAGAACCGAUACAACAACAUCCUGCCCUACGACUCCACCAGGGUUAAGCUGUCUUACGUAGACGACGAUCCGUGCUCCGACUACAUCAACGCCAGCUACAUCCCUGGGAAUAACUUCCGUCGGGAGUAUAUCGCCACGCAGGGUCCUCUGCCAGGAACUAAAGAUGAUUUCUGGAAGAUGGUUUGGGAGCAGAAUGUCCACAAUAUCGUGAUGGUGACUCAGUGUGUGGAGAAAGGCAGGGUGAAGUGUGACCACUACUGGCCCUUCGAUCAGGAUCCACUGUACUACGGAGACCUGAUUGUCCAGAUGUUGUCAGAGUCUGUUCUACCUGAGUGGACCAUACGGGAGUUCAACAUCUGCAGCGAGGAGCAGCUCAGCUUCACUCGGCUGGUUCGUCAGUUUCAUUACACGGUCUGGCCAGAUCAUGGAGUCCCAGAAACCACUCAGUCCCUCAUCCAGUUCGUCCGGACCGUGCGGGACUACGUCAACAGAAGCCCUGGAUCUGGACCCACUGUGGUCCACUGCAGUGCUGGUGUGGGUCGUACAGGAACCUUCAUCGUUCUGGAUCGAGUGCUACAGCAGUUGGACACCAAAGACACGCUGGACGUCUACGGCUCCGUGUUUGACCUCCGACUACACCGAUCGCACAUGGUGCAGACUGAGUGUCAAUAUGCGUACCUCCACCAGUGUGUCCGUGAUGUUUUGAGAGCCAGGAAGCUCCGCAGUGAGCAGGAGCACCUCCUCUGUCCCGUCUAUGAGAAUGUGAACUACUCCUCUCCGCGUGAGACGCUGUGCACCAGACGUUAAAGAUUGUAUUGACCACUGAUCGAUAAGAUGAGUACUUCAGAGAAACAGCAGUUAUUUUAUUUUUCUACAAUAUCAUUAUUUAUGUAACAUUGAUGUUAACUGUACAUAUACUUAAUCAUAUCUGUGUGUUUGUACAUAUUUAAUAAUCAAUAACUGUUUCCUGUGAUAGAGACACUGACGAUAUCAUUUAGCUUUCACUGCUUUAAUAAUAUAAAGACAGUAACAAUAUAUUAAACCCUCAGUACCGUCUGCAGGCUGCCUUAAAGACAUUUUACUGAGUAGAUUAACUUGAAAGGAGGCGUCUGUUAUUAAUGUGGGUGCAGUUAUCAAAUAAUCAAUAAAUCAAUAAUCAGUCCAGCUCAUAAUGAACAGAAGAAACCCCUGAAAACAACAAACAAUAAGAAAAACUUCUAUUCUCAUCUAUUUAUUAAAGCUUCCCUAUGUAAGGUUUAUUAAACUGUAGCUAACAGCGCCACCAGUGGCCGUUCAUUAAACUGUAGCUAACAGCGCCACCAGUGGUCGUUCAUUAAACUGUAGCUAACAGCGCCACCAGUGGUCGUUCAGUGAACUGCAUCCAGGGCGUCGGCCAACAGAGACAAACACUGAACGCUGUAAAAUAACUGACAAUCAUAUUUAGAAUAACGUUACUAUCUGUAAUGUUCCUAUAUUUUAUUUGGACCGUUAGCUCCAUGCUAAUAACUAGCUCGCUGUUUACAAAUCAGCCAUCAGCCAACACCACGAAGCAACCAACACCAGACCCACAAUGCAACGCCAAGAUACAGCCAGCUGGACAACCCCAGUUAGCUUAGCUACAGUUAGCUAGCUGGAUGCCCCUCCCUCACAUCGCUCUCGGCUAGUAGCAAGCUAUCGUUAGCUUUGUAGUGUAAUUUAUUGUUGGCUAUAAUCAACACCGUUUGUCAGAAUAUAUAAGUUAGCAUCAUGGAUCACGUAUUUCGCUACCAAUAACAUUAGCGAGUGAGCAACCCAGCCACUCUAAAUCAACAAACAAGCUAACGUUAUCCAGCUUAAAGCACAAUCAGACAAUAUG